CCCGCCCCACACCCACGGGAUGUCCCCGAUGUCCCCGAUGUCCCCGAUGUCCCCGCAGUCCCCACUCGUUACGGCAUCGUUCUGGGCUCCAUCAUCGGCGUUGCCCUCCUGUUGGUGGCCCUGCUGGUGGCCCUGGUUUACCUGCUGCGUUUCUGCUGGCUGCGCAGGCAGGCGGUGCUGCAGAGACGGCUGAGUGCCAUGGAGAAGGGGAAGCUGCAGAGAUCGGCCAAAGACGCUUCCAAACGCAGCCGGCAGGCUCCCGUGCUUUACGCCAUGCUGGACCACAGCCGCAGCACCAAAGCGAGCGCCGAGAAAAAAACC